CUCUCGCCUUGCCGCAGCCAGCCAGCUCAGGCGACCAGGGCUCGAUCGCACCGACUGAGCUCUCCGUGCCCUACAUCCCACGUACGUCCACGCCCCCGCCGUUCGAGGGCACCGGCACCGUGGCGACGGGCUCGCCGAACCUAUCGCGUACCCAGUCGCGCGACGACCUCGCGGGCUCGAACGUGUGGGUCGGCCACGCGGCGCAGCCGCAGCGCGAGCAGGUCCAGCGCUCCGUCUCGCCCUCGCGCCAGGGCUCGCCUGGCAGGCCCGCGGUGUACAUCCAGCGGAGCACGAGUUCGCAGGUGCCGAGCCGCAAUCUGAGCGCGAAGCCGAGCCGCUCGUCGCUUGCGCCCGGUGGUGGUGCGGCGGGCGGGAAUAAGGAUGCAACGAAUUAUACGUGGAGCAAUUCGAGCACGAGGAGCUUGGGUAUGGUGUAUGCGCAGGGUGCGCCUGGAUUUGGUGUCCAGGAAAGAAACCCAUUCGAUGAUCCUAGCUCGUCGCAGGUGAACUUGCCGCACGCUGGUGCGCACGAUAAAUCCCCCUCUGAGACUAUCAAAGUACCCGAGGGCUUCGACCCGCGUUCGCCGCACGACGAACGUCAACUCGACGAUCACCAGGCAGACCCUGUACCUGUCCCGCUGCCCGCAGCGUCGGAAGUCAUGCUCUCGCGCCAUUCACGGGAGCUACCUGAAGGGUAUGAUGUAUUUGGCGCUGGUCCGACGCAGGAUUACUUCGACCAAGGCCCAAAGCCAACCAACGAGCGCCUCCCGCUUCUUGGCAACCGCACCUAUACACCGGGCCGCGAUCUCCACCGUGCCCCCAGCAUCGACUCCCAAAUCGCCUCUUGGAAGCCCAAGUCCGCCAAUGGCCACGGCCACGGCGACGCACCCAGCACCGCCAACGGCAAUGGCAACGGCAACGGGCACGCCCACGAGUCCAGCGAAACCGCGAACGACGACGGCGACCUUGCUGCGACUAAGCGGCCGCUCUCGCACGCCCACUACCCGGGGUACGGCGCGGGCGGAUACGGCGCGGUCUCGUUCCCGUUCGCCGCGCGCGGCUGGGCGGAGCACGUUCUCCCGCACGGCGCGCGCUACUUCGUGCACCCCGGCGUGCGCGCGGUCGCGGACGCGGACCUGCGGAGGCUCGUCGAGCUGGAUGUGGUUAGUGGUGUCGUUGGGCGGGCGGGGAUUGUGCCGGACGGGUGCGAGAUGUGGAUACGAGAGGUGUAUCCCGCGAACAAGAACGGCGGGAAGAAGAAGGGCGCGCAGAAGAAGGGGUGGUUUAAUGGGAGUGGGAAGGGCAAGGGGAGGAGCGAGGAUGUGGAGGUGGCGUGGGUGGAUCAUCGGGCGAGGAGGGUGUCUAGGGAUGUGCCGAGUGUUGCUGAGCGGGCGGGCGAGGAGGAUCGCCUGGACGAUGAAUACCGAUACUGGUCCUUUGUCGAGUCGCACCCGUCGCACGUGCACCCGCGCCCAGACCUCCGCCAGGAGGCGCUCGACGCUCUGCGGUGGUCAUACACCGAUCAGCUGCUCGCAUACCCGCAGCCUGUGCCUUCGCCGUUCAGUACUGACGAGUGCAUGCAACUCGAGCGCCUGUUGAGCGCCAACGGGCUCGUACCGGAGCGCAACGCAGUGCAGACCCGGCUGAUUGCCAGGAUCUUAUUGCGAGUUGUCCACUGGCGCCAGCAGCACUUCCGCCCACAGAAGCCACUCCCAGAAGAUGUGCCGCAGGCUCAGGCUCAGGCGCAGCUGGCCGCGCGUCGCCGGCCCUCGGUCUUCCGCACGAUCCUCGAUAUCCUCAUCGGCAUUGCGUGUCUCGGCAUUCCGUUCAUGUUUGAAAACAAGGCCCAACCUGGGUCGGCGUUUGAUAUCGAAGGGGGUGCACUGCCCCACCACGCUGGCUCCAUGUUCGUCGCUGGCGGUGUUGCAUGUCUUGUCGCCGCGAUCAUACUGAGCGCCAGCGUCACCCUCGUCACCCUCCCAGGAAUCGACGAGAUCGCCCGCAUCGCAGGCAUCGUCGCCAUCGCGUGCUCUGUCGCGAGCAUGAUCUCCGCCUUCGCCGUCAUCUUCCGGCACAAGGCUGAGGUGUACCACGGACGCAGCCACGGCGUCGGCGGCGCGAACGGUAUCGGCGGCGAGGGGUUCAUCGUGCUCUCCCGGCGGAGCGUGCUCCUCUCGCUCCCGCUCGCGUUCUUGGCGUACUCUGUCGCGGGGUUCGUCACGGGCAUCCUCGUGUACUCGUUCAAGAGCGCUCCUGGCGCCGUUGUCUCGCUGCCGGUCAUCCCCGAGGCGAUGAGCAUGGUGUCGCAGAGUCUGCCGACGACGGCGGAUGUGAAGGUGGAGUCGUGGUCGAGGUGGACUGCGCUCGGGGCGCUGGGCGGGCUGAGUGUUGCGGUGCUGGCUACAGCGUAUGCUGCGAGAAAGUGAUGUGUUUUUACGAUGACGUUUUUGAUGUGCUUUUGAAAGUCAUGAGCUUAUGACGCAUGGUUUGACUCGAUCUGUAGAAAACUGUACACCAGUACUGUGUCUUUAGAACUGUAAUUAUUAUCAAGCAGUUUUUACAACGGC